AAGCAGGUACUUCCACUACAACUACCUGAGCAAUGACCCUAAUUUCCGCCGCCUGGAUAAUAUGCCGCUUGCUGAUCCUGCAACCUUGGAUUGUAUGUCUGUUUCCAUGCCACCUGUCAGCCAGGGGGCCAGGGUGAAUUGCGUCAACUGACGAAAUGGUAGAUAUUUGGCCUUGGGAGGAGAGCUCAACCCCGGGAUCCCCAGCAGAGAUGGUAGGAAGCACCGUAUUAGAGAACCCGCCGAGAGGUAUGUCCUGGUACCACGCAAAAGAUUAUUCGAAAUCGAGAGCCUCAAGCUUUACCAUGUCAGACGACCUGCCGCAAAAUAUUCCAGAGGACAUAGACGCCGUCAUUGAUGAUCUGCUUGUCCUUACCCAAGAGCCGGCCGGGCCUCCCCCGGACAGAUCUGCGGUCAGUAACUUGCAACUGCUAGCCAGGUUCCCCGAGCAGCUGUGGCAGCGGCUUGAGGAGGAGCCAGACAGGCUCGGCCCAUCCAGGGUUUCAAGCCAUGUUCUGGCUGUUGCAUACGCCGGACGCAGCCACCUCAACUGGGUCGCGUUUCAGAACCUCACGCUCAGCGUGAUCGCUGCCGCCGUCGCAUCGGAUGAGCUUCGGGGCGCGUCUGCGCUCAGCGUCUGCGUGGAUCAGUUUGAGAUGGAGCGAGAGGAAGGCCUCGAAGAGUUCACAGCGACUGUGGCGCAGUGCACCGGCCUGAGACAGCUAUGCCUCUUGCAGCGACCAGACAGGGAUAGUGACGAUGCCUCCGCUCAUUUUUGCUCGCAGCUGCUGCUUCUAUCGCAGCAGGGGCCAUCAGAAGAACGAGGAGGCUUGGGGUGGCUCCACGGCAAAACCAUCUAUGCGACCUGUGCCUUUUCAACAUCUCUGCGCAGCCACAAAUUCCUAACGUCGUCCUCCACUAUCACCCGCAGCUCCACCUCCCCCCACGGCCAGAUCCUUCCCGUGAUGCACAUAUUCAUGUUUAGCCACUACCAGAGCGAAGAUGGCCCAGGCCUAGCUGCAGACAACAUCCAGCCGUACCGGAAUUACUACACCAUGAACAAUACCCUGCUAGAGGCUGAGAGCUUCGCCGUCCAGUUCCUGGCCUAUCUUCAGUCCUUGGGCUCGGGUUCGGAUUCCGAGAAAGCCAUUCUGCAAUUUACAUUCAACAGGGCCACAUCGUCAUCGUCAGGUCAACUCGGUGUCAUCCCUAUCCCGGCCGGAUUUUUUGAUUACGAGCUCCCGCCUAAUGACCCUUCAAGAGCCAAACUUAAUGAUAUACAUUCCGGCAGCUGGGUGAUACUGGUGGGCUCUUCGGAUCAGAGUUCUGAUCAUAAUGAAACGUUGGGGGGCACGCCAUCAGGACCUUGCAGACCACCUCCACCCUAUUACCCGACUGAGUGCCACGCUGACACCAGUCAAACCUCCGCCAAUAUGGACCGAGGAAGCCGCAUGUCCAGGUCAAGCGACGACACUGUGGUCGCGGAGAACGCUGUCUUCGUACAUUACUCCUUUGUAAAGGUUCGGCAACCCUUUACUGAGAUUGACGACCGACACCAACAAAUGCCCAUUUCCACACCUAAUCGCGCCGAGGUAGUUGGCGGACUAACAGACUUCCUCCGUCAGGCCGCGCCGGGAAGCGACAUCCCCGCGUGGGAGAAACGGAUCGGGGAGAUGGUGAUGAGCCUUCGCACCCGGCGAGCUCCCAUUGGGAUCGACAUCGGCGUCAUGACUGAAAUCAGGGCCAGGGCUUUGCUUAACCAGUUACUCUGAGCCUGGUACCACAACAACUGCAGGGAAUGUUUAUCGUGAACGUUGGCAGCACUGGGCUUUCUUCCCCUUGCUAUCUUCUAUGUUUGAAUUGUAUAUAAGCGUCAAAGCUAGGCGGGUAUGAUCGCUGUUGCAGCUGUAUAAUAGCACUUCAUUAUCCAGAUUCCCA